GUGACAGACACAACACACCCGAGUUCAGUGCCGAAAGCCAUGCGCCCGGUCCGAACUCCGACGUACGAGCGGGGCGCGCACGCCCAUUGUUCUCGGCAAGAACCACGGCGCCCCGACCACGUCGCGCCCAUGCGCGUCGUCCUCCUUACAAAAACCAUCGUCACCGCUCUGCCCCCCAUCCUCUGAUCUGCUCCUCUCAUCUCGGACAAGGCAAAUUUAACUAGCUCUUUACAGAGCAACGGCGAAGCCAGAGAUCCGCCGCCGUUGAACCCCCAAGCGAGAUCGAGGACGUACGAAAAUGGCGCUGUCCACGGCGAACACGAACGCCGCCGAGUCCCAUCUGCACUGCUCCACCUUCGCGUCGCGCUACGUGCGCACCGCGCUCCCGAGGUUCAAGAUGCCGGAGCAGUCGAUCCCCAAGGAGGCGGCGUACCAGAUCAUCAACGACGAGCUGAUGCUGGACGGGAACCCGCGGCUGAACCUGGCGUCGUUCGUGACCACGUGGAUGGAGCCCGAGUGCGACAAGCUCAUCCAGUCCUCCAUCAACAAGAACUACGUCGACAUGGACGAGUACCCCGUCACCACCGAGCUCCAGAACCGGUGCGUCAACAUGAUCGCGCACCUCUUCAACGCCCCGAUCGGCGACGACGAGACGGCCGUCGGCGUCGGCACGGUGGGUUCCUCGGAGGCCAUCAUGCUGGCCGGGCUGGCGUUCAAGAGGAAGUGGCAGAACAAGAUGAAGGCGGCGGGCAAGCCCUACGACAAGCCCAACAUCGUCACCGGCGCCAACGUGCAGGUGUGCUGGGAGAAGUUCGCCAGGUACUUCGAGGUGGAGCUCAAGGAGGUGAAGCUGCGGGAAGGGUACUACGUGAUGGACCCGGAGAAGGCCGCGGAGAUGGUGGACGAGAACACCAUCUGCGUCGCCGCCAUCCUCGGCUCCACGCUCAACGGCGAGUUCGAGGACGUCAAGAUGCUCAACGACCUGCUCGCGGCCAAGAACGCCGAGACGGGGUGGGACACCCCGAUCCACGUGGACGCGGCGAGCGGCGGCUUCAUCGCGCCCUUCAUCUACCCGGAGCUGGAGUGGGACUUCCGGCUGCCGCUGGUGAAGAGCAUCAACGUCAGCGGCCACAAGUACGGCCUCGUCUACGCCGGCGUCGGCUGGGUCAUCUGGAGGAGCAAGGAUGACCUCCCCGACGAGCUCAUCUUCCACAUCAACUACCUCGGCGCCGACCAGCCAACCUUCACGCUCAACUUCUCCAAAGGUUCGAGCCAGAUUAUCGCGCAGUAUUACCAGCUCAUCCGCCUCGGAUUCGAGGGGUACAAGGACGUGAUGCAGAACUGCCGCGACAACGCGACGGUGCUCCGCGAGGGCAUCGAGAAGAUGGGCUACUUCGACGUGGUGUCCAAGGACUCGGGGGUGCCGCUGGUGGCCUUCUCCCUCAAGGACUCCUCCAAGUACACGGUGUUCGAGGUGGCCGAGAGCCUCCGGCGGUUCGGCUGGAUCGUGCCGGCCUACACCAUGCCCGCCGACGCCGAGCACGUGGCCGUGAUGCGCGUCGUCAUCCGCGAGGACUUCAGCCGGGGCCUCGCCGAGCGCCUCAUCGCCGACCUGGGCAAGACCAUGGCGGACAUGGACGCGCACGCCGGCAAGAAGGCGCCGGACCACCCCAAGAAGUCGGUGCACGACAUCGAGAAGGAGGUCACCACCUUCUGGCGGAGGCUGGUCGCCAACAAUAAGAAGAAGAGCAGCAUGGUGUGCUGAUGGCCGCUGCGUGCGGAGGAAUAACGAAACAUUCUUUGAUUCGAGAUCGAUGUUUCACAUCAUCACGAACUCAGUUCUUCUUAUGGCUUCUCUCUUUUUUUUUGGUUUACGUCUGCGUAUGUGUGAUUCGAUUUGAGCUCCCAUUUUGUCUGUUUCGAUUUGUGCGCGGUUGUUCGCGCCAAUUGACGAGAGAACUUGUUAACUCGAAGGAUGUAGGCAUAUAUAUAUAUAUAUACAUUUCGAGAUGAAGUACAGUAAUGAACUUGGGCUUCAGAUGACAAA